AUGGUCGUCCAAGUCUCGUGUCCCGCAAAUGCGGGAACUCACAGCCAUGCACCCUCUGCCGAGCAACCACAAAUCCCAACCAGGCCAAAGGUUCACUCGAUGCGUUAUCACACAAAAAACGUAUACGUUGGCACAACGACUAUGCCAUCAGCAUUCUCGGUCCGACCUGCCGCCGGCACUAGCGACGCAGACGAGACUAGUGAUUACAUAGUCGAGCUCUUUUACCAUAGCAACCGAGCCUGCAGUCUUUACCGAACCGAGGACGACUUUCGAGUCCUUGUUAGCGGGAUUCUAUCGAACAACGUAGUGCCCAACAUGCCUUCGCUGUCGUCACCUCCAAGAGUCCAGGAUCUGGAGGCCGCUUUGGCGCUUUCAAUCCGAGCAGACCGAACUGGGUGUGCGGUCGAAUAUUUUCUAAGGCGGCGCAUGGAGGACUGUGGUGGAAGCUAA